UCAAAAUCAGUCGUUUCCGUGCCGUUGCAGUAUGUUGUGUUUUGAUUAAAGGGUUCGACAGAAAUCCAUGUGUAAGCGCGCAGCAGUACGAUGGUGGUUGUGCUUUGCUAUCGCCGCUUUUAUCAUCUUCCGACUCUUUAUCUACUCCGCGGUUAACCGACGCACACCGCGAGACAGCAGUUUUGUUUCCGAUCAGAAUAAUUCGCUCGCGAUGGCUAACGAAACCAACGCAACGAACGAUUUCUGGGCUACCAAAGAAUCCGAUUUGUUCCCGCCUUUACCGGACGGCGUGGCCGAGAAAGCCAAAGCCAUUCGGAUUGUUGAAGGCACUCAGGAUGUGACGCUCAACAACCCCAACGAAAGCCUCGAAGAACGCGAAGUAUAUUUUCGUCACUGCGAUCCCGAAAACCCCGCCCACACGGCACUGCACAUUUUGCUGCUACACGGCGCCAGUUUCUCCUCGGAAACCUGGCAAAAUUUAGGGACACUGCAGUUGCUAGCGGCGCUGGGAUAUAGCGCCACGGCCAUCGAUCUGCCGGGAUUCGGCAAGACCCGCGGGAAACCACUGACCGGCGUGGCGGCCGCAGCAUUGGUGUACCGGUUUGCCUUGACGCGGGAGAUGCUCAAGAAGACCUUGGUGAUUAUUGCACCGUCCAUGUCGGGUGGGUACGCGGUACCGUAUCUCAUGAACAAUCCGUUCCGUCAACCGAAUUCCGAGGAUUUGGCUAUGGUCUUCGUGUCGCCGGUGGGCACGGAGAACUAUCUUGAUGAGGAAUAUAAAGCCGUUCAGGUGCCGGUUCUGAACGUAUACGGAUCGCGCGAUGAGGCAUGGGGACAACGUGUCGCCCAGAAGUUCAAUCUUUCUCGGCAUGCAAAAAGCGUGGAACUCCCGGAUGCCGGUCACGCGGCGUAUAUGAACCAGCCCGAUCUCUGGCACCGCCUUCUUAGCGUCUUCCUGCGAAAGGUGAAGGUGUGGUAUGGUGCACAGCAUGCCAUUAAUCGGGAGCAUAGCCAGAGUCCAUCUUAAUCCGAAAAGAUUAGCACUGAUACAAAAAGAUUAGUGAUGUUGUAUAACCUGUUCGCUGAUAUUAUUGUUCUACAUUUAUUAAUAAAUAUUGAUCAUUUUAAUUUGCUGUGCAUAAAUGAAAAAUGUCUGAGCAAAAGAAUGAUGGUAUUAUGGUUUAUUAAGGUGCAGUUUAAAACAAUUUUAAUCUAUUCUACUUAUUACAAAGAAUGCAAAAUUCAGUGGUCUGCUGUAUUCCCGUUUCGAGACUCAGCGCGGAAGUAAAGACAUAGAAAAGUAUAAUUCAAUAA